CACCGCCACCUUUACGGUCAUUCGAAUAACGAUUGAAGCUCACAUAUCACAGAGACUGAUUUUGAACGACACAGACAUAACCAUCAAUGGCUUCUCCCCGGAUUCUUCUCGCCGGCGACGUCAAUGGCCUCCUCUCUCAGCUCUUCAAACGCGUACUCUCGGUGAACAAAUCAGCAGGUCCCUUCGAUGCUUUGCUAUGUGUGGGACAAUUCUUCCCGGAAUCAACAGAGAAACUGGAGGAGUUCAUGGAUUACAUAGAAGGCCGCCGUGAGAUUCCUAUACCCACUUAUUUUAUCGGCGAUUACGGUGUCGCCGCCCCUAAGGUUCUUUCCGCCGCCGUUAAAGAACCUGGAAAUCUAGGGUUUAAGUUGGAUGGGUUAAGGGUUUGUCAUAAUUUGUAUUGGUUGAAAGGCGGCGGCAAAUUCACUCUUUCUGGGUUAUCUGUGGCAUACCUAUCUGGUAGGCAAUCACCAAGUGGACAACUUUUUGGAACAUAUAGUCAGGAUGAUGUGGAUGCGUUGCGGGCAUUAGCUGAGGAACCUGGAAUAGUUGAUUUGUUUCUAACUAAUGAAUGGCCUAGUGGGGUUACAAAUAGGGUUGCAGCCAAUGACAUACCACCUGGGAUAUCUGAUUCACCAGGAAGCGAUUCCACUAUUGCAGAAAUGGUAGCAGAGCUUAAGCCUCGCUAUCACAUUGCAGGUUCAAAGGGUGUGUUUUAUGCUCGUGAACCAUACUCUAACAUUGAUGCUGUGCAUGUGACUCGAUUCUUUGGCCUUGCUCCUGUAGGAAAUAAAGAGAAACAGAAAUUUAUGCAUGCAAUUUCUCCAACUCCAGCAUCGAUAAUGUCAGCAGCUGAAAUAAGCACAAAACCUCCUAAUACGACUUUAUCCCCAUACACAGUUGUUGAUAAUACACCUAAAACAGAGACUACCAAAAGACCAGGGGAUAGUGCUCUUGAAGAACAAUAUUGGCGGUAUGAUGUGAAAAAACAAAAGAAAGGGGAUGGAAAUACAGAAAGGCUCUGUUUUAAAUAUUUGUCUUCCGGUUCAUGCCCACGGGAGGAAAAUUGUCAUUUUCGGCAUGAUGAAGAGGCAAGAGAGCAAUAUAUGGGAGGUGUGUGUUUUGAUUUUCUUAAUAAGGGAAAAUGUGAGAGAGGUCCAGAGUGUCAAUUUAAGCAUAGCUUGGUUGAAGAAGGUGAAAGUAAUGCAAACAAGAGAUUCAGAUCUCAUAGUGCAACUACUAACAGGUCAAAAGAAUGCUGGUUUUGCUUGUCAAGCCCCAGUGUGGAGUCUCAUCUAAUUAUAACUGUUGGGGAAAACUUAUACUGUGCAUUGGCAAAAGGCCCACUGGUUGACGAUCAUGUGCUGUUAUUACCAGUAGAGCAUUCUCCAAGUACUUUAUCCCUACCUCCAGAUAGUCAAAGUGAGCUUUAUAGAUAUCAGAGCAGUCUUCGGAAGUACAGCAAAACCCAAAGGAAAGAAUUCAUUUUCUUUGAAUUGAUAUCUAAACGAGGAACUCAUGCUAAUCUCCAGGCAGUUCCUAUACCACAAACCAAAGCAACGUCCGUAAAGAAUAUAUUCAACUUAGCCGCUAAAAAGCUGGGUUUUGAAUUUGAGACGAUUAAAGGUGACGGUAUUUCUGAACCAAGAGAAUUAUUGAGAGCAAGGUUUGACGGAAAUUCUGGUUUCUUCUACGUGGAGCUAAAUGAUGGCACUAUACUAGGACAUACUAUAGAUGAGAAUGAAAAUUUUCCUGUUCAAUUUGGUCGUGAGGUUAUGGCUGGCUUACUCAAAAUGCCGGAUAGGGCUGACUGGAGGAACUGUAUGCUUAGCAAAGAUGAAGAGGUGAAAGUAGUGGAAGAUUUCAAAUCUCAGUUCAAGAACUUUGAUCCCAAUAAGGAUGUCUGAUUCUGGAGGCUUAGAAUGCGAUCCCAAUGAUGAUAGCUGGCUUUGGAGGGUUGGAAAGCUAAGGGCUAGUUCGGUAUCGUUGUUUGUUUCCAGUUUUCUGUUUUUUUUACAAAAUAUGAAAACCAUCAAAAAGUUGUUUCCAGUCUUUUGUUGUCAGUUUUCAAAUAGGUAUGAGUAUUUUUAGUUCAUUAAAACUGAAAAACCAAAAACUAACAGUGAUACCGAACAAGUUAGAAAUUCGAUUUUAGAUCUCAUUGGCUUU